AUGGCAAGGACACUGAUUAUAAAUAAUUUAUCAUCUCGUCAUUCGCCUUCUUCUAAUUGUGAAGUUGAUGACAAUUGUUGUUUACCUGCUGCUUAUCGAGUUUUUCUUGAUAGCGAUCAUGUUUCGAAUAGAGAGGUUUUUUAUGAAGAAGUUGAUGAAGAGCCUUUUUUCUUUCAAGACGUGACGCUUUACAGUAAAACUGCUAACGCAUAUGUUGCAGGGUACUGUAUUAAGAAACUGAUAAACAGUGUCCAGGAUUGCCACAUUUGUGCAAUUGAGCUAUUGGAAAAUCCAAUUGGCAAAGAUGAAGCAUCUUGGAUUGAAUAUAAAGAUUACACAGGAAAUUCUCUGAAGGUUCCAGGGACAACAUUUUUUGAUUUAUUUCGAAAAUGUUGUCAAGUAUUGGAUCAUUUCAUACAGGCACUAUGCACUGCAGACAAUAUUAAACUAAAACUAUUAGAAACACUUGAAAAGAUCAGGAGUGACGAUACUAAGUACACAGCAGUACUCAAAGCCCUAGACUUCGAGACACUGCGCCUCAUCCAGGAUGUCCUCCGUAAUCCACCAAUGACAGGCAAAUACGAAUAUAUCAAAAGCACUAUAUUAAGCAGAAUGUCUGAAUCUAGAGGUAAGCAAAUUGACAAGCUAUUAAAAAACUUAACUCUAGGAGAGAAGAAACCAUCACAGCUCCUACGAGAAAUGUUGAAUUUGGCUAAGGGAGAAGUCAGUGAAGACAUCAUAAUUAAAUUGUGGUCAGAACGCCUGCCACACCAUAUUCGGCCACAACUGAUAGUUUCUCGUCAUCUUGGUCCGGAAGCCCUGGCGGAAGUUGCCGAUAUUUUGGUCGAUCACUGUAGCCCCACAUCACAUGUGAUGUCCACAACACACAAGUCUUCAGUAGAACAGAGACUGGACCGCCACGAAACUCUGCUUAUGUCAUGCGUCCAGAAAAUCAAGGAACUAAGGGCAAUGUUAAACACUGAAAGAGAGAAGAAUGAUCAACAAGAAUCACAACUCAACAAUUCUAGAUCAAGAAGUGAACAACUCAAUCAGUCAAGUUCUAGAAGUGGUUCUCGACAUAGGUCCAGGACACCUUCACGUGGAUCGGUUUGCUACUAUCAUUAUAGAUAUGGGGAGAAGGCUACAAAGUAUUCAGGAUCAGUUAUAUCCAUUUUACCAGCUCAGAAGUUUGCCAAUGGUCAUUCUAAGGAAGAGUUAGUUCUAUUUGCAGCAAACUCUAGCAGAAUAUCCACGUAUGGAAAAAGAACUCUGGAGCUGGAUUUAUCUUUACGCAGAAGCUUUAGCUGGCAGUUUGUUGUUGCCGAUGUAGCUACAGCCAUAAUAGGAGCUGAUUUCCUAAGCAACUACAAUUUAUUAAUAGACUUGAAGGGUAGAAGAUUGAUUGAUUCGACCACAGGCCUUACCUCUGAUGGAAAGGUACUCAAGGCACAGCAAGUUAACAUCUCCACUGUCAACCCGGCAGAGCCCUUCAAGGAUUUACUGGCACAAUACAUCGCAAUAACAAAGCCACAGGUAACCACCAAUAAUAAAUCAUCUCUUUUUGCCCACAGGAUAACCACAACAGGUUCACCAUUAGCUUCCAGAUUCAGGAAGAUCUUCGGAGAAAAGGCUGUUGCAGCCAGGUCCGAGAUACAAGAUCUCCUGAAUAGGGGCAUUUUGAGGCCUUCCAACAGUCCAUGGGCAAGCCCUAUUCACAUGGUUCCCAAAAAGAAUGGCACAUUCAGAAUGUGUGGAGAUUACAGGAGGCUGAACGCAAACACACUACCUGACAGGUAUCCUCCACCAUUAAUAAUGGUUAAAUUCAAUAAUCUUCAUCAGAAAGCAGUAUUUUCCACAAUAGAUUUGGAAAAAGCUUACCACCAAGUACCCAUGCAUGAAGAGGAUAUACAAAAGACUGCAAUUAUCACACCAUGGGGACUCUUCGAGUAUCUACGUAUGCCAUUUGGACUCAAAAACGCUGCCCAGACAUUCCAGAGGUUUAUCAAUCACAUAUUCCAAGAUUUCAAUUUUGUUUUCAUUUAUAUAGAUGACAUCCUGGUAAUGUCGACUGAUAUGAAUGAACACCGUCGUCAUCUUCAAUUGGUUUUUGAGAGGCUACAGGAAUAUUCUCUUACAAUAAACUUGGAGAAAUGCGCCUUUGGAAAAGAUGAAGUUAACUUUCUCGGGUACAAACUGAGUGCUGCAGGAUAUUCUCCUUCACCAGACCGAGUAGAGAAAAUUAUUAAUUAUCCAAAACCUUUGACAGUUAUAGAACUCAGAAGAUUUUUGGGCAUGGUAAACUAUUAUCGUAAAUCAAUACCCAAGGCAGCAAAUAUACAAGCACCACUUUACGAAUAUGUGAAGUCCUCAGUUAAAAAUGACAAGACUAAAAUUGUAUGGAAUGACACCUCACUAUCAGCAUUCAGCCAGCUGAAGGAAGCUCUAGCAAAUGCAACACUUCUUCAUUUUCCUUCAAGCAUAGCAAAUAUAAAUUUAAUUACAGAUGCAUCCACUACUGCUAUUGGAGCAACUUUAGAACAAGAACUUAAUGGUGCCUGGCAUCCAAUAGGUUUCUUUUCGAGAAAACUGUCUUCCACAGAACAAAGAUACUCCACUUAUGAUCGGGAAUUACUAGCUAUUUUUGCUUCAAUCAAAUUUUUUGAACAUCUUUUAGAAGGCAGACAUUUUUGCAUUAAAACUGACCAUAAACCUAUAACUUAUGUUUUUCAACAGAAACUAGAGAAGGCUUCAGAUCGGCAGCGAAGGCAGCUGGAAUACAUUUCACAGUAUUCAACGGACAUUGUAUAUAUGAAGGGUGAUCAGAACGUGGUUGCUGAUGCCUUGUCCAGGAUCAAUGCCAUUCAAAUGCCAUCAAAGUUAACUUCAGAGGAAAUUUCGCAAGAACAGAACAAGGACGUUGAAAUGCAAACUUUAUUAAAUGGCAACACCUCCAUAUUUUGUUUAGUAAAAAAAUUUACAAUUCCUCCCAAUUCUUCCUUUGUUAGUUUUGAUGUAAUUUCCCUUUUCACGAAUAUUCCUUGGGAUUUGGCUUUAGAAGCUGUUUCUGACCGUUGGACCGUUGGUUCUGCUCACACUUCGAUUGACUUGGCCAAGAUACUAUGUCUUGACGAUAUAUUGAUCAAAGCACAGGCUUACAAAAAGGAAGAAAGAGAUACGUUAGAGAAACACAAAACUACUUCAUGGAGAGGCUUUGUAACCAGCGUAGGUAACGAAGACCCUUAG